AUGGCUCCCGUCCUGUCCGGUGCCCCUCACAUCAAUCUGUCCAAACACAACUCCAGUCCCCUGGUGAGUACCUGCCUGGACAGAGGGUCAUCUCUCUAUCUCUCUCCCUGGCUGCACAACGCUCCAUCCUGUCUCUACUGUUUACCCCAGGGACACACACCUGCAUCUGGGGCCUCAUCUCUCACCCAGCUGUGUGUGUGUGUGUGUGUGGAUCAGACCUGCAUGAUACAGACACCAAGUCACUUCAGAUUUGACUAAUGGUUGAGUGAAUGCUGACCUGGGCAGCAGACUCUCUGUCUCUGACCUAAUCAACACAAACACACACAAUAACACACGUAUCUGUGUAUAACACACACACACACAAACGCACAUACACACACUUGUUGUUUCUCUCCCACUCUCAUCUUCACUGUCUCAUUGUCUUUAAUCCUAUAGAACUACAACCAAUUCGUUUUCUGGCUUGCAGUUGUCUUACAAAAUGGGUGAAUAUGUUUUAAUCUUCUCCUCUGUCUUGACAGCAGGUGGCAGAGAUCAGUUGGGGGAAUCUUCACAAACCUCUGUUACAUGGACCCAGAUUACCAGCCUCUAGGUAUGUAUUGGUCCAAGUCAGAUUGUAACAGUCCCGCAAAUUCACGUUUCAAUCUUUAACCCCAACCCUAAACUCAAUUGUCAAAGAUUGUACUUUGUCAUACCGAUAACGGAGUUGAGAUGCAUCUAGAUAUCAUUGGACAAGCUGUGUGUCUGGCUUUAUAGUUACCAAAAGACAGACAGACAUGAGUGGAUUCAUGACUUUUAUACUGUCCUCAGAGACUGGAACAGCUUCAUCCAACCAGAUCACACCAUUUAGAUUUUAGCAGACAAUAUUAUGCAGAACAAUUUGGGUUAAGUGCUUUGCUCAAAGUCACAGACAGAUUUUUCACCUAGUCGGCUCAGGGAUUCGAACCAGGGACCUUUCGGUUAUUGGUCCAACGCUCUUAACAGCGAGGCUGACGCCCUAGUAGUAGUACCAAACUGGCUCUACUGACAAUAACACAUUCUUCAUAGAUCAAUCAACCAUUACAUGAAACACUGGCCCUGUCCGAACACUCAUACUAGCGUACUAAAUUGUAUGUUAAAAACUUACAUUAUUUAGUAUGUGAAAUUUAGAAAAUAGUACUCCGAAUGAGUCAUCUAAUAUUAUUGUCCCCUGCACAAGGUGCACCUGUGUAAUUAUCAUGCUGUUUAAUCAUCUUCUUGAUAUGCCACACCUGUCAGGUGGAAAGAUUAUCUUUGCAAAGGAGAAAUGCUAACUAACAGGGAUGUAAACAAAUUUGUGCACAACAUUUGAGAGAAAUAAGCUUUCUGUGCGUAUGGAACAUUUCUGGUACCUUUUAUUUCAUUUAAUGAAACAUGGGACCAACACUUUACAUGUUGCAUUUAUAUUUUUAUUCAGUAUAAAUAUGCAGUACAAACUAUAGUUUCAAGUUACCUAUUCACACAAAAUGUAUUCAAAUAUACUACAUUUGGCCUCAGCCAUUCAUAAGAUGGGUGUGACACACCUCAUAUUGGUGGCUUGGUUUGUUCUGAUACACCUCAUCUUCAUAUAAUUCCAUAAUCUAUGGAGAUAAACUGUACUAUACUGGCAGACUAUCCCACAGAUAAAGUCAAUUUCCAUAAUAAAACACGCAAUUCUUCCAUCCAGGUAAUAUGCCCACAGUCAGCCAGUCUUUGCUCCCAUUAACAUUGCAUUACGUUGCCAAGCCUUGAUCCUUGACAGUGAAAGUAGCUUUCUCCACCAUUUUCUGUCACCUCUGACCAUCUGAACAGAUGACUGGGUUGUGAUUGGGACAGUGGUUUUAAAGGGUUACGUGGACAGGUCUGUUCAGACAUGCAUCUCCCAAGAAACACUGUUAAAUAGCUCAGCCUUUAGGUCCACCUUUGGACAGUCAAAGUCAGAGAGAGAGAGAGAGAGAGAGAGAGAGAGAGAGAGAGAGAGAAAAAGGGGAAGACAGAUAGAGAUCGAGAUAACACCUGAGGAUUAGGUGAGCUCCUCUUUUGGACUGGGAGUAGAGACAGGAGCAGGUGAGUGAAUGUUCUACUGUUUCUCUAAUGAAUGCCAUAUUUAUUAACAUGGUAAAUUCGACUAUUUGCUCAGUAUUUUGAUAUUGCAUGUACUGGUUAUCUUAUUUGUGGCGGGUAAUGGCAGGUGUUUUCAGUAAGAGUGUAAUUGAUAUAGAGAAAGAACAGAGAUAUAGGAGCAGUGGAUAGAGCAUUUCCAUAUAACGCUACAGGAGUGAGACUUUAGGGUUACUACGUGACACGUACCCCCACACUUUGGUGAGGAUUCAAACUCAUGGGAUAUCAUCCCUCUAAAUAGCAUCAUGGUUCCACUCAAGGUUUCUUUCCAAAUGUAGAUGGAGUUUCCUUGCAAUUGUCAUAUUGGGCUAGCUUAUAGGACUUGAGGACUGCAUCUUCUUCCAGGAGACAAUCUCCCUAAACACAGCAAUCUACAGUGACUAUGAAAUUGAUUAAAUGAUACAAUUUUACAUAUUACAGUGUUUAUUAUAAUCUAACAGUUGGAAAUAGAUUAGCAAACUGCAGGAACGGAUCAAUAUCAGCACACCACCACACACAGACUUACACUACACUUACGCCUUAACACACACACGUCCGUCACGUCUUUCUUUCUCUAUGUGAUAACAGUGUAAUAUACAUUAUAAGGAUUCCUAUGUUGACAUUCUUUAUUUGGGGGUCAAAGUUCACACAUUCAAGUUAAAAGAGCCCUUCGCACCUUCAGCUGGCCCUGGCUGCCGUUAACCAUUAACACCCUGCUCGCGGCCAUGGGAGAGUUGGCAUAGCAGGUUAAACUUCUUCUGGAGCUGUCAGCACUUUGCUAAAAUAUUCAAACAAAGGUCUUCAAGAGUGUAGAUCUUGGUGUGUGUGUGCACGUGUGCAUGAGUUAGGGAUUCACCCAUAAUGAUCGGCAGAAUACACUCCAGAGAUCUGUCAGUAAAGUAUCAAUCCGUGUAAUCAAUGACCCAUGGCCUUCAGCACAACCCCACAGUGAUAGAUGUCUAUGUCUCUUAUCUCUACGAAAAAUCAAGUAUUUUAUAUCUUUAUAUGUUUAUAUCUCAAUUCCUAUACCAGAUUUAUGUUGUGCAAUUGUUCCACCAAUUGUUCCACUGAUUGACUUCAAUUUAUCUGAGGGUGUAGUUACUGUACAGUAUGUACCUAUGAGUUGCUACAGAAUAGCUAUGUUUUACAGCACAUUGCGUUAUUGAUGUCAUUUGGCAAGCCUGAUAAUGUGGGAGGUUUAGGACAUUGAGAUUAGAUAAAAUCGGGUUUACCACUGCUACACACGGGAGGUUAGGUUUAGGGAGGAGAAAAAAGGUUUUGUAGGGAGGAGAAGGAAAGUUUGUGUGUGUAAGCAUUCUCACACUUGUCUGUAUUGCAGGAUAUGGCUGGGUAAAAAUAGAGGGUGACUGUGCGCACCAGUGUGUGGUGUGGUGUGGCGUGUUGUGUUCUUACCCUGUGAUGUCUGUUGUAGGACAUGGCUGGGUACAAGCCCAGGGUGAUAGUUCUGAGUAAGAAGCCAGGUCAUAGCUUUGGCUUCUUACUGAGGGUGGAGCAAGGCGAGGAUGGUCACCUGCUCAGGAACCUGGAGAUGGGUGGGCCGGCCGAGCUGGCGGGUUUGAAGGAUGGCGACCGCAUCCUCCGGGUCAACGGAACCUAUGUGGACGAAAUGGACCACUCACGGGUGAGGAGGGGGAGAUGACAGGGCUAGCAGCUGUCCAAUUCCACAUGAACCCCUAGCUUCUCCCACGUUUAUUGUAUUGAAAUUAUACAGGUGUAAGCAAUAUAGUAAUAGUAAGGUUAUAGUAUGGUAAUAACCUUAUCCUCUGAUAUUGUUCACACCUAUCAAGUCAUGUAAAGUGCCUGGAGUAGGGUACCAGUUUGGGUUUGGUAAAUGUGGAAUUACUAAAUAACUAUAAAGCUAUAAGUAUUGCUGUAGCAACAUACCAUGCUUUGUCCCAUCUUUUUGUGCUGUGUGUCCUGGGUUAGGUGGUGGACCUGGUGAAGGAGAGUGGUGUAUCCAUCACCUUCCAUGUUCUGGAUGUGGCGUCCUACAAGCAGGCCAAGACUGAGGGGGUGGACCUGUCUGACCCUCACCCCAAACCCACCCAGCCCACCAUGAACGGAGUGGCAGGAGAGGCACCCAAACCCAAACUCUGCUACCUGGCCAAGUCCAGCGGGGGCUACGGCUUCUCUUUGCGCUCUGUCAAAGGUGAGAGGGGUGGGGCACACACACACACAAUCUCUUUGGUUAUUUAUUUGACUGUGUGUGAUACGGCUAAUAAGACACACAGCAAUUAUUGUCAUCUCGGAUUAAAUUGUUUUGCUUGUUGAUCAAGCAAGAAAUAAACACAUUAUCAUUGUCUUGCAUGGUGUGGGCUUUUAAUAGCCAGCAGCAUAACACUCUGCAACCCACUGCUGGCUUCCCUAUGAAGCUAAGCAGGGUUGGUCCUGGUCAAUCCCUGGCUGGGAGACCAGAUGCUGCUGGAAGUGGCGUUGGAGGGCCAGUAGGAGGUACUGUUUCCCCAUGUCAAAAAAAAAUACACUACUGUUCAAAAGUUUGGGGUCACUUAGAAAUGUCCUUGUUUUCAAAAGAAAAGCAAUUUUUUGGUCCAUUAAAAUAACAUCAAAUUGAUCAGAAAUACAGUGUUGACAUUGUUAAUGUUGUAAAUGGCUAUUGUAGCUAGAAACUGAAGAUUUUUAAUGGAAUAUCUACAUAGGCGUACAGAGGCCCAUUAUCAGCAACCAUCAGUCCUGUGUUCCAAUGGCACGUUGUGUUUGCUAAUCCAAGUUUAUCAUUUAAAAAGGCUAAUUGAUCAUUAGAAAACCUUUUUGCAAGUAUGUUAGCACAGCUGAAAACUGUUGUGCUGAUUAAAUAAGCAAUAAAACUGGCCUUCUUGAGACUAGUUGAGUAUCUGGAGCAUCAGCAAUUGUGAGUUCGAUUACAGGCUCAAAAUGGCCAGAAACAAAUAACUUUCUUCUGAAACGCGUCAGUCUAUUCUUGCGAGAAAUUGCCAAGAAACUGAAGAUCUCGUACGACGCUGUGUACUAUUCCCUUCACAGAACAGCGCAAACUGUCUCUAACCAGAAUAGAAAGAGGAGUGGGAGGCCCCGGUGCACAACUGAGCAAGAGGACAAAUACAUUAGUGUCUAGUUUGAGAAACAGACGCCUCACAGGUCUUCAACUGGCAGCUUCAUUAAAUAGUACCCGCAAAACACCAGUCUCAACAUCAACAGUGAAGAGGCGACUCCGGGAUGCUGACCUUCUAGGCAGAGUUGCAAAGAAAAAGCCCAGUGUCUGUGUUCUUUUGCCCAUCUUAAUCUUUUCUUUUUAUUGGCCAGUCUGAGAUAUGGCUUUUUCUUUGCAACAUAAUUGCAAAAGGGUUUUCUAAUGAUCAAUUAGCCUUUUAAAAUGAUAAACUUGGAUUAGCAAACACAACGUGCCAUUGGAACACAGGACUGAUGGUUGCUGAUAAUGGGCCUCUGUACACCUAUGUAGAUAUUCCAUUUAAAAAAUCAGCUGUUUCCAGCUACAAUAGCCAUUUACAACAUUAACAAUGUCUACACUGUAUUUCUGAUCAAUUUGAUAAUUGCUUUUCUUUUGAAAACAAGGACAUUUCUAAGUGACCCCAAACUUUUGAACGGUAGUGUAUAUAUCCCAAUUCCCCAGAGCAGUGAUUGGGGACAUUGCCCUGUGUAGGGUGCCGUCUUUCAGAUGGGACGUUAAAAUGGGUGUCCUGACUAUCUGUAGCCACUAAAGAUCCCAUGGCACUUAUCGUAAGAGUAGGGGUGUAAACCCUGGUGUUCUAGCUAAGUUCCCAGUCUGACCAUCAUGGCCACCUAAUCAUUCCCAGCUUCCAAUUGGCUCAUUCCUCUCCCCUGUAACUAUUCCCUAGGUUGUUGCUGUAAAUUAUAAUAUGUCAACUUACCUGGUAAAAUAAGGGAUACAAAUUAAUGAACAUACUGUAUUGAAUGUCUUUUGCAUAUCCAAUGAUAAUGAAUUUAGGAUUGUGAUUCUGUUUUAAACUACAUUUUCUUUCUUCCAUUUCCUGUCCCAGGUGAGGUGGGCAUGUUCAUGGCAGAGGUGACCCCAGGGGGUGUGGCCGAGAGGGCAGGGGUCAAGGCCAACGACCGUCUGAUAGAGGUCAAUGGGGAGAACAUGGAGAAUGCCACUCAUGACCAGAUAGUAGAGAAGGUCAGAAUUCACCCCAUAUUUACACUACUCUGUGGUAAACUUUAAGUUCAAUAUCUGUACUUUUAUUCUAUAGCCUGUCAACACAUUAUGUUCAAAUCAAAUGUUAUUUGUCACAUACUUUGUAAACAACAGGAGUAGACUAACAGUGAAAUUCUUACGGGGCCUUCCCAAUGCAGAGAAAGAAAAAGAGAAAUAGAAAAAUAAUAAGGAAUAAAUACACAAUGAGUAACAAUAACGUGGCUAUAUACACAGGGUACCAGGACCGAGUCGAUGUGCAGGGGUACGAGGUAAUUGAGGUAUAGGUAGGGAAAAAGUGACUAGGCAACAGGAUAGAUAAAGAGUAACAGCAGCGUAUGUGAUGAGUCAAAACAGCUAAUACAAAAAGGGUCAAUGCAGAUAGUUAAAUAGUUAACCAAUAGCUACCUGGAAUAACUAUUUAGCAGUCUUAUGGCUUGGGUGUAGAAGCUGUUCAGGGUCCUGUUGGUUCCAGACUUGGUGCAUAGGCACCGCUUGCCGUGCGGUAGCAGAGAGAACAGUCUGACUUGGGUGGCUGGAGUCUUUUUAGGGCCUUCUGACACCGCCUGGUAUAGAGGUCCUGGAUGGCAUGGAGCUCGUCCACAGUGAUGUACUGGGCCAUACGCACUACCCUCUGUGGCGCCUUGCGGUCGAAUGCCAAGCAGUUGCCAUACCAAGCGGUGAUGCAGCCAGUCAAGAUGCUCUCAAUUGUGUAGCUGUAGAACCUUUUGAUGAUCUGAGGGCCCAGGGCCCAUGCCAAAUCUUUUCAGCCUCCUGACCAGGGAAGAGGCAUUGUCAUGCCCUCUUCACGACUGUGUUGGUGUGUGUGGACCAUGACAAUUCCUUAGUGAUGUGGACUCACUCAGAAUGCAGGAGUUGGGACAAUGAUAAUUUGGCAAAUCAGAGUUUUCCUGAUUCCAUCUUUGUUCUAAGGGCAGCUUUGCCUUGAGGGCAGAAACAAAUGUGAUCGGUCAAGUUAAGGAAAGAUACACUACCAGUCAAACGUUUGGACACACCUACUCAUUCAAAGCUGUCAUAAAGGCAAAGAAGUGGCUAUUUGAAGAAUCUCAAAUAUAAAAUAUAUUUUGAUUUGUUUAACACUUUUUUGGUUACUACAUGAUUCCAUAUGUGUUAUUUCAUAGCUUUGAUGUCUUCACUAUUAUUCUACAAUGUAGAAAAUAGUAAAAAAUAAAGAAAAACCCUUGAAUGAGUAGGUGUCCAAACUUUUGACUGGUACUGUAUGUCAUAACGAGUCUUUAUUCUACAUGUCUAUUCUUCACAAUUCAUUUCUAUCUGAACAUUCUUUAACAUUGCACCAUCCUUAAAGAGCCCCUGUUGUGACCUCUGUCAGGUCAAGGCAUCAGGCGGCAGAAUCAUGUUUCUACUGGUGGACGAAGACACAGACAAGUUCUACAAGAACAAACACAUCAGGCUAGGUGCGGGGCUAGCCACAGUGAAGUUCCUCCCACUGAAGCCACGCAUUGUAGACUUGGUCAAAGGAUCAGACGGCUAUGGAUACUUCCUUAAGGCCGAGCCUAACAAGACAGGUGUGUGUGCUUGUGUGGUGGGUGAAUUUUGAAAACUUGGUUACACUUUACUUAAAGCCAACCGUUAUAAUGCAUUAAGAUGUGGUUAUAAUGCCUUUUCAGAAUCUAUUAAUCCCUUAUAACAACACAUCUACUAAUAGCCACAUAGGAUCAUCACUAUUAGACUAUUCACCAACAACAAUAGCCAUCAGUCUGCAUCAUUUUACACAAUAACAACAUCUACUGUAAAUAUCGUCCUAUCUGCAGGCCACUUCAUCAAGGACAUUGACAGGGGCAGCCCAGCUGAUAGGGCGGGACUAAAGGAGAUGGACAGACUGGUUGCCGUGGAGGGAGAGGAAGUGGACAGCUGCAGCCAUGAGCAGGUGGUGGACAGGAUCAGGCAGUGUGGCAACAAGUGCUGCCUCCUGGUGGUCGAUGAAGACACUUACACGCUCUACAAGAUGGUGAGUUGUCUGGGAGAAAUCUUUCCUGUUGGAUUUAGGAAAUAAAUGUAUUUAAAAUGACAGUCAAAGGAGUUAGCUAAAGCACAUAGGCCUACAAAUCUGGGCCCAUAUUCACAAAGUGUCUCAGAGUAGGAGUGCUGAUCUAGGAUCAGUUUUGUCCUUUGGAUUAUAAUGAAUGAGAGGGGGGAGCUGAUCCUGAUGAGUACUCUGAGAAACAUUGUGAAUACCCUGUGAAAGUAACCGCCUCUUCCACUUUAAUUCCGGAUCAUGUCGCCUAAUCUUUUAAUAAUACUAUUAAAUUACAUUUGUUGAGUGCUUUUUAUUUUCAAUCACAAAGCUAUUUCGUACAGGCUUCACAAUUAUAUCAUUUAAGAUAUAAAAGUAUGUGUGUUAUUGGAUUAAUUUACCAGAUGCCUUUUAUAAAGUUUUUGCGCUUAAAUCCACUGCGCUACAUUUUUGCCCUUUGUUGAAAAACUGUUGAAAAACUUCAAGGCUGAGGGGCCUUGAGGGGGGUCAUUUCCUGGUAACUAUCAUAGCAUAUAUUACAGCCUCAGGAAGUGGCCAGAGAGACAGGGGGGCAGUGAAGAAGACUACAGUGGGGAUUGAGAUGUAGGUCUGAGAUUAAUUGUGAUAUUCCACAGGGAGGCGUGUCUCCUCUUUUCUACUUGGAAGAGAUGGGAUACCUCCUUCCAGCGAGCCCUCCACCUAGCUACCCAGAGUGCGUCCCAGCCCUUCCCCCAGCCCCAGUUACCACAGCCCUCCUCAAGCUGUGUAAGAUGGAGAAGACCUCCGCCGGGUACGGCUUCCACCUCAACGGUAUCCAGGGGGUCUGUGGCCAGUACAUCAAAGAAGUAAGUACAAUGUACAGAGCACCUACUAUAUCCAAUGGGUAGCCAAACGGACAAGAGAAUGCAUCCCAAAUACAUGAACUAUACAAGACUGUCAAUCAGAUAUGGGAAAGAUCAAGGGAACAAAGCACAUGCUAACCUCAAUUUCAUACACUACAUGACCAAAAGUAUGUGGACACCUGCUCGUCGAACAUCUCAUUCCAAAAUCAUGGGCAUUAAUAUGGAGUUGGUCCCCCUUGCUGCUAUAACAGCCUCUACUCUUCUGGUAAGGCUUUCCACUAGAUGUUGGAACAUUGCUGCGGGGACUUGCUUCCAUUCAGCCACAAGAGCAUUAGUGAGGUCGGGCAUUGAUGUUGGGCGAUUAGGCCUGGCUCGCAGUCGGCGUUCCAAUUCAUCCCGAAGGUGUUCGAUAGGGUUGAGGUCAGGGCUUCUUCCACACCGAUGUCAACAAACCGUUUCUGUAUGGACCUCGCUUUGUGCACGGGGCAUUGCCAUGCUGAAACAGGAAAGGGCCUUUCCCAAACUGUUGCCACAAAGUUGGAAGCACAGAAUUGUCUAGAAUGACAUUGUAUGCUGUAGUGUUAAGAUUUCUCUUGCUCCAGAGUCCAAUGGCGGCGAGCUUUACACCACUCCAGCCGACGCUUGGCAUUGCGCUUGGUGAUCUUAGGCUUCUGUGCGGCUGCUUGGCCAUGGAAAUCAAUUUCAUGAAUCUCUUGACGAACAGUUCUUGUGCUGACGUUGCUUCCAAAGGCACUCGGAUGUCCCAUUCUGUGAGCUUGUGUGGCCUACCACUUUGCGGCUGAGACGUUGUCGCUCCUAGACGAUUCCAUUUCACAAUAACAGCACUUACAGUUGACCGGGGCAGCUCUAGCAGGGCAGAAAUGUGACGAACUGACUUGCUUGAAAGGUGGCAUCCUAUGACGGUGCCACGUUGAAAGUCACUGAGCUCUUCAGUAAGGCCAUUCUACUGCCAAUGUUUGUCUAUGGAGAUUGCAUGGCUGUGUGCUCGAUUUUAUACACCUGUCAGCAACGUGUGUGGCUGAAAUAGCCGAGUCCACUAAUUUGAACGGGUGUCCACAUACUUUGUGUACCUCUGAAUCACUGUCAACUGUUUACAUUCCAAACCAUUCACAACUCAGCUCACCCCUUGCGGUGUUCUCUCACUUAGGUGGUGAAGGGCGGAGCUGCGGACAGGGCGGGUAUGGAGGAUGAUGACAUUGUGGUGGAGGUGGAUGGUGUAAACGUGGAGCAGAGCAGCCACGAGCAAGUGGUGGGGUUGAUCCGUAAGAGCGGCAGCUCACUGGUGCUCCUAGUGGCUGGGAAGCAGGCCUACCACCACUUCAAAUCCAAAGGGGUGGCCAUCACACCACAGCUCCUCACACCCGCACCAACAUCCAGAUCCCCAUCCCCACCCCACUCCCCAGCCCGAAGACACACACCAGCCCAAAUAGACACACCAGCCACCCUGGAGGAAGUCAGAGAGGAGGAGGAGGAGGAGGAGGAGGAAGCUAAGCCAGACACCCCACCACCCCAGACACGAGAGAGAGUGAGUGACAUAACAGAAAUAUGCUCGAGUGCCUUGGUAGCUUCUGAACUAGAUCCAAAUGAGUCUGAAUGUAUAGACUAAAACCAAAAGUAUUCAAAAGCAAGUUAGUAUCAAUUGUAUUUACCCACAAUUCUAUUGCAGACAAUUAUUUGACUGUCUUUCUCUCCCUUAGACUCCAUCUGUGUCUUCAGCAGCAUCAUGCUCGAGUGUUGAUGAGAGACUCUGA